AUGAGUCAUGGAUAUCGUUCAAUGCCAGUUUCUCCAGGUGGUCCUCUUCCACCACUGAUAUCACCAAAUGCAGCUGCAGCAAGUAACGCAAGAGCAUUUAAUCUAGAAUUACAAAAAACUCGCGCGAAUGUUAUGGAUACAAUCCAAGCUGAAUCAAAUGCAAGGUCAAGACUUAAUAAUAAGUUCGAAUCGCAGAUCAAUCUUGCUGGACACGAGUUUAAUCCAAAAAUUCAUACUCUCGAUCGUCAAUCAAGCUUUACUAAGAAGCAGCUUGCUGCUCUCUUACAACAAAUUACCGAAAUAAAUGCUGUUUCCAUUCAAAAUAUGAAAAAUUCCUGCGAAAAUUCCAAACUUCAACUUGAACAAAAGAUUAAACAAGAUUCUAUCAAUCGCCUUAACCCUAUUACUGAAGAACAACGUGUGCAAGUCUCAAAGCUCCAAAAGGUUACAGAAAAUAUUGUUUCUUUCUUCUCAAAAAUUUCAGAUUCUGUUCGAGAUCUUGAUUCCAAUUUUGACAAGUGCGAUAAAGAUAUUGCCGAUUACAAUCGCCAAACAUCAUCAGCAAUGAGUGAUAUUACUCCCCGAAUUGCUGUAAUCGAAUCAAAAGCAACAGCUCUUGAAGCAACAGCCGAAGGCUUUGUCCGAAUGAUUGGCCAGACUCAAGACAUGAUAAAUAAGCAAAAAGAAAUACGUGAUACCCUUAAAAGUAUCGAAGAUGAAGGAAUUGACAAUGCUGUAUCCCAGAUGGGCCAAGAAGCAUAUUCUGUUAUCAGUUCCAAGACCACAGAGCUCGACCAGAGAAUCUCAGAAGCAGAAACAAACAUAACGUCUCUUGAAGGUUCAUUACAAUCGGCAGAACAGUCCCAGGCUCAGCAGGAUGCACAAGUAAAUAAUAUGUCUCGCAAAUUCAUGGAGCUUGAAGGCACUUUGAAGUCCGAUGAAGAAGAAAUUUUAGGAAAAUUACAAUCUUUGGACCAGAAGCUCCAAGAAGUGAAGACAAGGCUUUCCAGAGAGAUGGAAGAUCAUGUUGAAUCGAUUACAAGCGAUCACCAGUUCAGCGAAGAAGAUUUCCAAGGAAAUGUCCAACAUCUUUCCGAUUUAUCAGCGUUGGACCUCAAGAACCUUACCAAUGAUUGGACUGAAUUCACCGACAACAACAAGAAGGUCCAAAACGACGUUGAUGAGAUGAUUUACAAUUCAUUUAACACAUUACAAGGAAAAGGCAACGUUGUUCAAAGGGUUAAGACAUGCGAGCAAAGAUUACAGUGGUGCAUGGCCAGACUCGACUACUGGGCACGCGACGACGCCAAAAGAAAGAGAUCUGCAAUGGAAGAUGGCGAUGCAAUGCUAAGAAAGGUCACAGAACUGGAAGAAAAGAUGGCAGAAUUCGAGAACAACCUCAAACAACUCGAUAACAAAGAUGCCGAACCAAUACAAAGCGAUGUUGUUGUUCAUUUCACCGAAAUGCCGCCAAAACCAGAAAAUCCACAGCUCGAACCUAAGAACGACAAACUCUCAAUCGAUGAGAAGAUGAGAUUGACAUACGCCGAGAAUGACGAGUUUACUCCACUCAAGAAAUCCAAAGAAGACGAAGAAAGAGCUGCAGAACGAUUGAAGAAACUCCAAGAGCAGAAAGAGAAGAGAAAAGAAAGACUCCAACACCAGCAAGAACAAGAACACAUAACUGAAGAUUUCGUCAACGAAAAAGAAGAAGAAAAUUCUCCACAAAACAAUGAAGAAGAAAAACAAGAAUUAAAAGAAAAACCAAAGACAACGAAAUCAAUGGAGAGAUUGGCAAUCAAAGACAAACCAUUGGAGAACUUGGAGAGUUCAAAGAAACAAAACAAGUCUUCAGAACAUUUGAAGCCAAAUUCGAUGUCUUUGAAAGCAAAUGUUGAAUCAAAAGUAGAUGAUGAAUUGGAAAAGAAAGAAGAAGAAAAAGAAGGUGGACUUAAAGCUAUGAUAGAAAGUAAAGUAGAGAAACAAGAGGAAGAAGAAGAACAAAAUGAAGAUGUAAAGAAAUCAAAUGAAAAAUUAGACCUCAAAGGAAAAAUUGCGGAAAAAGCAGAAAAUAGAGCGGAAGAAGAAGAGGAAGAUAAGAAAUCAACUGAAAACUUGGAUUUGAAGGGAAAGAUCGCGGAAAAGGCUGAAGCAAAGGCUGACGCAGAAGUCAGAAAAUCAAAUGAAAAACUUUCACUCAAAGGUUCUCUCGGUGCAAAACUAUAA